AUGAACACUGAGCUGCACGACCAUGAUCUCGCUUCCACCUACGGUCUACGGGUACUCGCCACCGUUGUGUUCGACAUUGACUCGGGGCAGAAGCUAGACGCGCUUCAUCCUCCAGCUUGUGGUCUCUCUGAGGCUGCUAAAACGAGUCUGGCGCACCUGUCCCUGCCUCACUGCAACAACCAGGACGAAGGCGAUACGCAAUUCAUUGUGCGCUUCGGAGACGACCCUGAUGACCAAGAUCUGCUAUUCGGCUUUGUGCUUUUCCGCCAGCAAAAGGAUGAGUCUCGCACUCGCGGCUACUUCCAGAAGGCGCUAGUGCUAGUAAGCACCAAACCUUACGUCGAUCUAUACGACCGUGUGCUACGGGUGGUUGGUCCGCUCUUCUUUAAGGCCGGUCCGCAAGUCUUGGUGGCGGUCUACAACAAUAUCAAGUCAUGGCCUGAUCUUGUGCAUGAUACUCCCGUGGUAUUGCCACUUGCUGGCACUUACAUCUCGUGCAUCAUCCCGAAGCUGCUCGACUAUGAGCAUCUCGAUUCGGCAUACGAGUCUGACGCAGAGUCACCCGUGCACUCGCAUUUUAUUGUCGAGGGAGACGAUGACGCCACAGAUGUACCAGAUUUCAGUGCUUUAGACGAGGAGGACGAUGGCGAAGAGGAAGAUACCGAGGAGACUGUGCUAGUGAAAGAAGGAAAUUUUGUGGUGUCGCGGAGACAACAUCCUCCGUCUCCAUCUUUUGCAGAUCUUCUUCUUUCAAAGCGGACACACCAAUUGACUCCCUUUGAGAACAUUGGACUAUACUCCAGUUUUUUGGGACUUGAAGAAACAUUGUGGCUUCUGUGGCAGCUUGCCAUUACCGGAGAGAGCUUUCUGAUUCUAUCCCCUCACGCCAGAACGUGCAGUCAAGCUGUACUUGCAUUUACCAGUUUAAUUGCCCCACUCCAGUUCCAUGGUGAUUGUCGACCAUACUUUACAGUGUAUGAAGCCGACUUUGACACGCUCUCAAGUAGACAGAACAACGGCGUCAGUAACUUGAAAGACGUGACUAUCAUCGGAACCACAAACCCGUUCUUUAUGAAGUCGCUUAGUCACUGGCCGAACGCUCUUAUUUUUCCAUUCCUAGAACCUCCGAGCGCUAAAGCACAACUCGCAAAAGCGGAAGAAACGGGCACUAUUUGUCUUCGCAUCCAGAAGAACGUGGAGCUGGAUGAUUUCGAAAACAGUCAUCGUCCCAUGCUUCUGAGGCGUUGCCCACGCUAUAUGACCCCAGAUGCCACUGUUCUUCAGCAGCUCGUAUCUCCUCCAGAAGUUCGCAUCCUUCAGACAACCAGCCACGAAGAAGAGCCAUACGUCACGAUCAACAAUGCAGUUCUCCGGAAGCAUUUCCGAAAGCUCACGAAGGAUUUCUUGCACCCGUUUGAGCAAUAUUUCGGUAUUUGGAAAGCAAGCGGCAGGCGGUCAAAUCUGUACAUGAGUGCUGAGGACUACAUGAAGCCUUUCAGUCUACCGGGAUUACUGUCAAGUAUCAAGCCACGGAAGCUUCCUCCACAGAUCAAGCAAGGCAAGUGGAAAGCUCUGUACACGGCGUUCGUAAAGGGCCCUCACUUCGAGCCGUGGUUCAACUAUCGUCGCCAGCGCUGCAUUCACGACUUUGCGAACACACUUCGUGCGCUUCGAGACGGCGUUGACGCUGAUCGACUGUUGAGUUCACCCUUCGGAGCCAACUUAUCGCAGGAGCAAUAUGUCAAGUUGAAGAAGGAGGUGGAAGUCGCACUGACAUUAGAGAAAGCUCGUUGUGACGUGGACAAACGCCAAGUCCGGACAAUUAAAAAACAUCUGAAAGCAGUCAAGGAGAAGCUCCGCUCCUUUAAGCAAACUCAAUAA